AUGCUGGGCUGCAUCCUGGCCAAGCUAGCCAAGCCUAAGAGGAGGCUGCCCACUCUGUUGUUCAGUCAGCACUGUGUGGUCUCUGAGAGGGAUAACAGGCUGUGCCUGAUGUUCAACGUCAGGACACUGAAAGAGACUCACAUGCUGGUGGCAGAGAUAAGAGCCAAGCUGAUCAAAUCUCACCAUACCAAAGAGGGAGAGUUCAUCCUGUUGGAGCAGAGAGAGCUGACUCUGGGGAUGGGGCCAGAUGGAGACAGGCUGUUCAUAGUGGAGCCACAGACCGUGGAGCAUGUCAUUGAUGAACACAAUCCUCUCUGGGGCAUCAGCGCUGACUCUUUAAAGUGGGAGACCUUUGAAAUCGUGGUCAUGGUGGACGGAGCCGUCCAAGACGCAGGUUUGUACUGAGAGGUGGGGAAAUCUGGAGUUGUAAUAAAAUAUAUGUUUGGGCUGUUUCAAUCAGUACAAAAAGGACACUUCAAAUUAAUGGUUGUGAAUUAUUGAUAUGUUAUCAUUAUCAAAACAUUAAUAUAGUUAAAUUGAAAGGGACCUACAGUAUCCUUAAUGCCUGGAUCGGACAGCAGAUGUAUAUAAUAUAAUCUUAGAUUCACUUGACUGUAAAUAUGUAUUUAUUCUCAGGCACAGCCUUCCAUGUGAGGACGUCCUACACUGAAGAUGAGAUUCUUUGGGGACAGCACUUUAAGUCAUACAAGCCACUAGACAUUUUAGUCAUUUAGCAGAUGCUCUUAUCCAGAGCAACUUACAGGAGCAAUUAGGGUUAAGUGCCUUGCUCAAGGGCACAUCGACAGAUUUCUCACCUAGUCGGCUCGGGGAUUAGAACCAGCAACCUUUCGGUUACUGGCACAACGCUCUUAACCACUAAGCUACCUUCCGCCCCAAGAGGGAGAUUGGGUCCAAUCACAAGACUUCUGAUAAAACCUAAAAGGUCCAGACUGCCACACACAGUGACAGAGAGAUGGCAGUGAGACAAAGAUAUGAGAGAUCCCCUGGACACAACACAGACUCUGUCCCCUCCAACAUGUCUACAAACAAAGUACAGUGGGGGAAAAAAGUAUUUAGUCAGCCACCAAUUGUGCAAGUUCUCCCACUUAAAAAGAUGAGAGAGGCCUGUAAUUUUCAUCAUAGGUACACGUCAACUAUGACAGACAAAAUGAGAGAAAAAAAAUCCAGAAAAUCACAUUGUAGGAUUUUUAAUGAAUUUAUUUGCAAAUUAUGGUGGAAAAUAAGUAUUUGGUCAAUAACAAAAGUUUCUCAAUACUUUGUUAUAUACCCUUUGUUGGCAAUGACACAGGUCAAACUUUUUCUGUAAGUCUUCACAAGGUUUUCACACACUGUUGCUGGUAUUUUGGCCCAUUCCUCCAUGCAGAUCUCCUCUAGAGCAGUGAUGUUUUGGGGCUGUCGCUGGGCAACACAGACUUUCAAUUCCCUCCAAAGAUUUUCAAUGGGGUUGAGAUCUGGAGACUGGCUAGGCCACUCCAGGACCUUGAAAUGCUUCUUACGAAGCCACUCCUUCGUUGCCCGGGCGGUGUGUUUGGGAUCAUUGUCAUGCUGAAAGACCCAGCCACGUUUCAUCUUCAAUGCCCUUGCUGAUGGAAGGAGGUUUUCACUCAAAAUCUCACGAUACAUGGCCCCAUUCAUUCUUUCCUUUACACGGAUCAGUCGUCCUGGUCCCUUUGCAGAAAAACAGCCCCAAAGCAUGAUGUUUCCACCCCCAUGCGUCACAGUAGGUAUGGUGUUCUUUGGAUGCAACUCAGCAUUCUUUGUCCUCCAAACACGACGAGUUGAGUUUUUACCAAAAAGUUCUAUUUUGGUUUCAUCUGACCAUAUGACAUUCUCCCAAUCCUCUUCUGGAUCAUCCAAAUACACUCUAGCAAACUUCAGACGGGCCUGGACAUGUACUGGCUUAAGCAGGGGGACACGUCUUGCACUGCAGGAUUUGAGUCCCUGGCGGCGUAGUGUGUUACUGAUGGUAGGCUUUGUUACUUUGGUCCCAGCUCUCUGCAGGUCAUUCACUAGGUCCCCCCGUGUGGUUCUAGGAUUUUUGCUCACCGUUCUUGUGAUCAUUUUGACCCCACGGGGUGAGAUCUUGCGUGGAGCCCCAGAUCGAGGGAGAUUAUCAGUGGUCUUGUAUGUCUUCCAUUUCCUAAUAAUUGCUCCCACAGUUGAUUUCUUCAAACCAAGCUGCUUACCUAUUGCAGAUUCAGUCUUCCCAGCCUGGUGCAGGUCUACAAUUUUGUUUCUGGUGUCCUUUGACAGCUCUUUGGUCUUGGCCAUAGUGGAGUUUGGAGUGUGACUGUUUGAGGUUGUGGACAGGUGUCUUUUAUACUGAUAACAAGUCCAAACAGGUGCCAUUAAUACAGGUAACGAGUGGAGGACAGAGGAGCCUCUUAAAGAAGAAGUUACAGGUCUGUGAGAGCCAGAAAUCUUGCUUGUUUGUAGGUGACCAAAUACUUAUUUUCCACCAUAAUUUGCAAAUAAAUAAAUUAAAAAUCCUACAAUGUGAUUUUCUGGAGAAAAAAAUUCUCAAUUUGUCUGUCAUAGUUGACAUGUACCUAUGAUGAAAAUUACAGGCCUCUCUCAUCUUUUUAAGUGGGAGAACUUGCACAAUUGGUGGCUGACUAAAUACUUUUUUUCCCCACUGUACAUUACCAGUAUUUAUCUGAUGAAAUGUUACUGUGCAACUCAGUCACUAAUAACAAUGGCACAGGAACUAGGAAACUUAGUAAGAAUGAGUUCUUUAUAUAAAUAUGGACGUUAGACAAGUCGGCAUAGAAGUGUUAAUCAAAGUUGAUGAAAUCAAGACACACUGUACAUAUCCUCCAGAAUGUUUAUACAAUGUGAACAAAUUAAUGAUAACCAAUAUCUAAAGCUGCCAUUUAUAUUUCUCAUUUAUCAAACUUUCUGAAUACUUCAAGUUUGUUAGCGUGAGCAGUGAGCACAUCAUGCCUUGUGCUAGGCAAGCACUUUUGUGAUAUACAGUUACAAUUAUGCUGAUUGAAUGAGUUCUUUGGUAUCUCACUGCCCAUACAUCAAGCUCUCCCAAUUAAGAUUUCAAUGAUGUGUGUAAUUUAAUGAUUGUAUUGUGGGGUGCCAAUUUCAUAAAUGGAAGACCGAACGGACAGUCGCACAUGACAAGACAAAUGAAUGUCAGUAUUACUGUCUCGUCACCAGCAAUGGGGACAUCUCAUUCACAUACCAUCAUAGACUCAUUUUUAUUUUAUUUUUUUACGCGGUAGAUCAGCUUUAACAUUGCAGAUAGAUUGUGGCUUCCAUCAGUGUAAUUGUCUGCAUCAUUUCCAAUCCACCGUAUAUAUUUUUUGUAAAUAUAUACUGUAAACCAAUGCGCAUUCCUAGUCUGCAUGUCAGCACACAGUAUUAGUCUGCCACGUCCACCUCAGGUCACAGUGUUCAGACAGGCAGAAAGACAGACAGACAGACUUCUUAGAGUGGGUUUGACUUGUACAUCCUUUCAUCUGACAGUGGUCAGAUGAGCCAAAGAGAUGCAGGCCGUUUCCGGGAUGCUGUCUGGACAGUCCGGGUGUACGGAAUGUUUUCCCUGGCAGUUAUCCUCCUCACCUGGCUAUCUCCGGGCCUAAUCCCAUACCACGCCCAUGGGAGAUACUGCAUAUCAAAGGUACUUUCUGCUGGCUGGAAUUCUAGCUGGCAGAUGAAUAUUUUUUUUUUUAGAAACACCUUGAUAUUAAAUAGGUGAUACUGGGUUAAUUAAGCUUGGCGGUAACGUAGAAGGGACAUACUUUACCUGUAAACAGAUGAAAAAGUCCUGAUUUAGUCAUAUUUUAAUUAACACAUUUAUUUUGAUAUCCUUGUAAAAUAAAAUAUGAUUCACUCAAAAAAUGGUUUGUUGGUUGGUCAUUUUUUGUACUGCACCUGAUGCAGAGUAAAUUGUAUAUAUUGUAACGGGUAUCCAGAAAUAAAAAAGAAAUAAUAAUUGAUAACAAAAACUGUACAAAUGCAUAAUGUUUUUUAUUUUGAGAGAGAGAGUGAACAUCUGUCAGCUCACCAGCAGGCAGAACAGUGUUCAUCUUGUUCUUGAGUGGCCUGGUGAGAGAUGUGAUAUCUUUGGAUUCAAAAUUAGUCUGACUGGGAUUGACGUGAUAUGAGGACGUGAUAUUAUGACCUUUGCUCAUGAAGCUACAAUGUUCAGCUAAUAAUGUUCUGUCUGCCAAGUGGAUGCUCUGUUGGCACAGGUAAGGGUGUUACUAAGCAACCUGUGCCUCUGCCUGCCCUAUCAGUGGCUUGGGGGGUGGGGGGGUGUUAUCUCUGGAGAUGUUCCCCCCUACAAAGAACUACAUAGGCCCCAUGACCCCCUUGGCAAAACAACAGGUUCAUUCAGCAGCACAGCACCACUGCUGACCUCAUUGUCUCUUUGUGAAGGGAAAAUCCAGAGUUGCAUUCUGUGAAAUGGCAAAUGGUCGACCAGCUGCGAGUGGAGCGCAUCUCUGUCUCUAACCUAACACAGGCCUACAGAUGAGCGCUGAAGAGCCCAGUGCCACUCUCUCCUCUGGACAACAAAACACACAAGGAUAACAUGGUAAGACUCCAGGCAUAUCUAUAUAUCUCUGUCUCUCUCCUUACCCCUAUUUACCUUCAUUAUCACCUUGAUACCUUCUCUGUUGCUCUCACCUCCCCUGACACCCUCUGUCUUUAUGCUAUUGAGUCACUCAUUGAGUGUCAACAUCACUGACAACAGACAAUGUUUUCAUAAUGCCUCUGUCUAUUUACUGUACAUGUACUAGCUGUUGUUCAUGUUGUUUAACAACAACUAUGACGAUUUAAUGGAUUUGUUAAUGGUUUUUAAUCAUCUAUUGUCAAUCAUCAUAAUGUAUUUCAAGUACAUGUACAUUGUGUACUUCUUACUAAUACAAUGUAUUAUCUACUUGAGAGGAUAACUUAAAGGCAAAUAUAUGCAUACAGUGCAUGCUUUGGGUUAACAUACUAGUGUUGAUUCUAGGGGUUUAUUACAAUGUUUAAGCAUCAUGUUGGAGCAGAUGGUUUUAGAGGGGAUUUGUAAAUAUAUAAUGCCACCCUAUUUUCCCACAAUAUCUCACUGCAUGAGCUAGAAAUACCCUGUAGUAUUUAACUCUGAUUAACAUUUAAAAAGUGUAUGUCUUGCAAUAGAAAACAAAUGUAGGUAGUCUGGUUCACCUGCAUGUGAAAUACCUGCUGCAUAGGUCUGGUUCUGUGUAGAGUAAAUCCAUAUGUCUGCAGCACAAGUAUGACGCGUUACCUGGGAUUCUCAUGUUUGGCUAUGAAUGAUACAUUGUGCUUCAGUUCACACACCUGGACACCUGUGACAUUAUCUGCGCACCUUUACACACCUGCCAUUCAAAUUCCAUACACCUGGACAAACCCUCCUGAGAUCUCUGGGUUUCACAGUCAUCCUAAUUAAAUCUGUUUGAUAAAGGGGAUGAAUAAGGCUUGUGUGUGUAGAAGGGGAGGGGUAGUCAGCCAGCAAGAAUAGGUUAUGUUCAUAUCCAGUGUCCCAGAAGACUGACAUGAAUAGUGUGUGUGUGUGUGUUGUAUUCAUUGCACAUGUUGCAGAAUCUUGAUGGAGAUACAUUAUCUGUGAUUGAGAAUCCUGUGGCUGUCAGUCAUCCUUUUCACCCAGAGAAGAAAGGAGUGGGAGGGGCCCGAGGAGCUCAGAGUCAGAGCUGCCAUGCCUGGCUGAGAGGAAUCCACUCUACAAACCACGGUAAGGCAAUGGGUGGUGCACUGUCUAAUAGGGUUGAAACCACAGGCUAUCAUUAGUAGACAACAUUAUCCAAUUAGUGCACAAACAAGGCAUGUUACAUAAAGUCUUAUCUAAUUCGAGUAUAUAGCAGCAUUAAGCUUUAGUACUUAUCAUUAUCUUAAGUUAAAGCCAAGUCCAGCUAGCCUCAGAGCUUUAGAUAUCCUUUUCACAAACUGUAGUACAGUAAACAUCUACCCCUCACAGCUGCCAUGCAGACUUGAUAUGAGUCAGUUGAUUAUGACACUGCCUGUGAAAUGCUCAGCAUUCAUCUUUGUCACUUGUUCCCUACAUGUGGUAUGCUUUGUUCACAUCCUAGGUUGUGUGCACGUUGUAGACUGUGUAAUGGCUGUUACAUGCUGUGCCGCUAUCUCUUCCACACUAUGUCAGUGUGACAGACAGCUAACAUGCCUUUUAUCAGUAUACCCAAGCAGUUUAUCUCUUAUCAGUGUCUAAUUCAGCUGUGCUCGUGUCAGCCCAUAGACUGGUGAGAGUACUGGCUGCUGUGUGUGCAGUAGGACUUCUGGGAGGCUUAGCAGUCGGAGUGUGGUUCCUAGGUGAGACAUUCUGCAAGUGUCAAAUCAUGGAGUAUGAAGAGAAUGAUGACAUGUUCAAUGUUCUAGUGUUUGUGCAUUACAGAUUCCUUGCCGUGGUGGAUAACAAACAAAAAUAACCCUACAUGUCAGAAUAUAGAACACUGUAUUUGAAUGUUUUAAAAUGAGACUGUUAUAGCUGAUUAACUAUGCAUGAUAAUCAUGUCUUACACAAUGACAGAGCUAGAUUAAGAAUAUCUGUUUCACAUCCACUACAACUAUAAUUCACUCUGCAUGUUGUUGUUUUUCCUCCCACAGUCAGGUUGUUGUUGCGGCCUACCUCUUCCCAGAGCCCAGCAGGACUAGGGGACACCAAGGAGACGUCCUUCUGUAACGUGACCGAAGACAUCUCUGUGGCUGACCCCAGGAAAGGUCUGUGCCUCUCAGCCCCUAACUCACCACAGAGACUGUCAUCUUGUCCGUGGGAUUGGCUACAUCCCAAAUAGCACCUUAUUCCUAUGUGGUGCCCCAUAGGCUCCAGUAAAAAGUAGUGUACUAUAUAGGGUAUACAGUGCCUUCAGAAAAUAUUCACACCCCUUGAAUUUAUCCACAUUUUGUUGUGUUACAGCCUGCAUUUUUAAUUGAUUAAAUUGAGAUAUUUUGGUCACUGGCCUACACACAAUAGCUCACAAUGUCAAAGUGGAAUUAUGUUUUUCGAAUUUUGUACAAAUUCAUUACAAGUGAAAGCUGAAAUGACUUGAGUCAAUACGUAUUCAAACCCUUUAUUAUCGCAAGCCUAAAUAAGAGUAAAAAUGUGCUUAACAAAUCACACAAUAAGUUGCAUGGACUUACUCUGCGUGCAAUAAUAGUGUUUAACAUGAUUUUUGAAUGACUACCUCAUCUCUGUACCCCACUCAUACAAUUAUCUGUAAGGUCCCUCAGUCGAGCAGUGAAUUUCAAGCACAGAUUCAACCACAAAGACCAGGAAGGUUUUCCAAUGCCUCGCAAAGAAGGGCACCUAUUGGUAGAUGGGUAAAAAUAAAAAAGCAGACAUUGAAUAUCCCUUUGAGCAUGUUGAAGUUAUUAAUUUGGCUUUGGAUGGUGUAUCAAUACACCCAGACACUACAAAGAUACAGGCAUCCUUCCUAACUCAGUUGCCGGAGAGGAAGGAAACCACUCAGGGAUUUCACCAUGAGGCCAAUGAUGACUUUAAAACAGUUACAUUGGUGCGGCUGGCUUCCAGGUUAAGCGGGCGGGUGUUUAGAAGCGCGGUUUGGCCCCGUUGGGGAGUUGCAGCGAUGAGACAAUAUCGAAAUUGGGGAGAAGAAGGUGUUAAAAUACACCAAAAAAAGUGACAGAGUUUAAUGGCUGUGAUAGGAGAAAGCUGAUGAUGGAUCAACAACAUUGUAAUUACUCCACAAUACUAACAUAAUUGACAGAGUGAAAAGAUGGAAGCCUGUACAUAAUAAAAAAUAUUCCAAAACAUCCAUCCUGUUUGCAACAAGGCACUAAAGCAAUACUGCAAAAAAUUUGUCAAAGCAAUUCACUUUUAGUCCUGAAUACAAAGUGUUAUGUUUGGGGCAAAUCAAAUACCACACAUUACUGAGUGCCACUCUCCAUAUUUUCAAGCAUAAUGGUGGCUGCAUCAUGUUAUGUGUACAGUGGGGAAAAAAAGUAUUUAGUCAGCCACCAAUUGUGCAAGUUCUCCCACUUAAAAAGAUGAGAGAGGCCUGUAAUUUUCAUCAUAGGUACACGUCAACUAUGACAGACAAAAUGAGAAAAAAAAAUCAGACGGGCCUGGAUAUGGCCUGGACAUGUACUGGCUUAAGCAGGGGGACACGUCUGGCACUGCAGGAUUUGAAUCCCUGGCGGCGUAGUGUGUUACUGAUGGUAGGCUUUGUUACUUUGGUCCCAGCUCUCUGCAGGUCAUUCACUAGGUCCCCCCGUGUGGUUCUGGGAUUUUUGCUCACCGUUCUUGUGAUCAUUUUGACCCCACGGGGUGAGAUCUUGCGUGGAGCCCCAGAUCGAGGGAGAUUAUCAGUGGUCUUGUAUGUCUUCCAUUUCCUAAUAAUUACUCCCACAGUUGAUUUCUUCAAACCAAGCUGCUUACCUAUUGCAGAUUCAGUCUUCCCAGCCUGGUGCAGGUCUACAAUUUUGUUUCUGGUGUGUGGCUGACUAAAUACUUUUUUUCCCCACUGUAUGCUUGUAAUCGUUAAGGACUGUUGAGUUUUUCAGAAUAAAAAAUUAAUGGAAUGGAGCUAAGCACAGGCAAAAUCCUAGAGGAAAAUCUGGUUCAGUCUGCUUUCCACCAGACACUGGGAGAUGAAUUCACCUUUCAUCAGGACAAUAACCUAAAACACAAGGCCACAUCUACACUGGAGUUGCUUACCAAGAAGACAGUGAAUGUUUCUGAGUGGCCGAGUUACAGUUUUGAUUUAAAUCUACUUGAAAAUGUUGCACAAUCCAGAUGUGGAAAGCUCUUAGACACUUGCCCAGAAACACUCACAGCUGUAAUCGCUGCCAAAGGUGCUUCUACAAAGUAUUGACUCAGGGGUGUAAAUUAGAUAUUUCUGUAUUUCAUUUUCACUAAAUUUGCUAACAUUUCAAAAAACAUGUUUUCACUUUGUAUUUAUGGGGUAUUGUGUGUAGAUGGGUGAGAAAAACAAAUAUUUAAUUAAUUUUGAAUUCAGGUUGUAACACAACAAAAUGUGGAACAAGUCAAGGAGUAUGAAUACUUUCUGAAGGCACAUUAGGUACCAUUUGGGACACACAUGAUUGGUCAGGCAGAAUGACCUUCCUAGUAGUUUUAUGGUUUAUCACAACAUUUGUGAUAAACCAAAUGUGUUUAUAUUACAACUAUAAUUGUCUUUAUAACAGUACAUAUCUUUAUUAAUACAUUCCUUAACAACUUCUACAUGGUCACAGUCAGCGGAGAGGAGUGGAGACUGUCUAUCGACCGACUUCAAAACAUGAAAUAAUGAUCUGUUUAUAUUGACUACAUUAGUUAUUGGAUAUAAGCUGCUUAACAUUUCCCUCUCAAACAAGACAGCAGUUCAUUACUGUUGAUCUAGUUAGUCUCUGGAAGGAUUAUUUUCAAUCAAUGAGGUUCAGUGUUUUACAGAAUCAGCCCGGAGAACUCUCUCCUGGAGAUCCAGCUAGAGAAGGUGCCCACCUGGCUGCCUGUGUGCUAUGAGAGAUGGAACUCUUCCCUGGGGACCCUGGUCUGCCGCCAGCUGGGAUAUCUAAGGCUAGUCUACUGAGACCAUUUUCUUAUUAUAAAGCCCACAGCAGCUUGGGAACAUAAAAGGCUAUUCACCUAACCAUAAGGCUGAUUGCUCCCAGUUAAUGAUGGAUUAUUUAAUGCUCUGUUAAUACCUUGUUUAUAGGCUUGCUUUAUGACCCAUGGAUCAGACAUUACUUUUUAAAACAGACACUCUCCCAUCUUUUAUAGAAGAUAUAACUAUGAUUUAUUUUGUUUCCAGACUGACCAAGCAAAAAGGGGUGAACUUAACGGACAUCGGACCUAACUACACAGAUGGCUUUAUACAGAUCACAUCUGAACACAAGAGCAGCCUGGAAAAUAUAUGGCAGUUAAGGUACGGCAGCUGUCUGAGGAGAUAAUACAUUACCUAAUGAUGCAGAAAAAAAUAGAUGUGUUAUAACAAAGUAAUCAAGCUUUUCUAAUGGUUGGAUUUGUUUUUAUUUAGGGCGAGUUGCGUCACAGGGAAGGUUAUAGCUUUGAAAUGUUUUGGUAAGUUUCUGCAGGGUACUAACAACACUAACAUAAUAGCGGAUGAACUACAUUGUAAAUUUGUGCAUCUCACACAUAGGUAAGACACAAUUACCUUCAUAUGACCUCUCAGUCAGGACUUCAUAGUUCUACACAUUGGUGGUAUACACUGAGUGUACAAAACAUUAGGAACACCUUCUCUUUCCAUGACAUAGACUGACCAGAGGAAUCCAGGUGAAAGCUAUGAUCCCUUAUUGAUGUCACUUGUUAAAGCCACUUCAAUCAGUGUAGAUGAAGGGGAGGAGACAGGUUAAAUAAUACUUUUUAAGCCUUGAGACAAUUGAGACAUGGAUUGUUUAUGUAUGCCAUUCAGAGGGUGAAUGUGAAAAACAAAAUAUUUAAGUGCCUUUGCACGGGGUAUGGUAGUAGGUGCCAGCUGCACCAGUUUGAGUGUGUUUUUCACUCUCAACAGUUUCCCGUGUGUAUCAACAAUGGUCCACCACCCAAAGGACAUCCAGCCAACUUGACACAACUGUGGGAAGCAUUGGAGACAACAAGGGCCAGCAUCCCUGUGGAAUGCUUUCAACACCUUGUAGAGUCCAGUGGCGGUCAGUGCCGUUUAUGAUGAGAGAGGACAAUCUUUUUUUCAUGAACAUGGCCUUAUUUCUAUUACAGCAUGUUGGAUGACUGUCAUUCAUAUUCCAUUCACCCAGUUCAAUGUAACAUUGAUAGGUUUAGGCUACUACAUGAUACUCUAAUAUUCCCUACACCCAUCAUGAGGUAGCUACAACCUAGCAUAUGAAUGAAAGUUUACAACGUAGGUGCACACAGGUCGAGAGAAGAAUUUGAGAUGACAGACAGUGACACAUGGACAGACAGUGACACAUUCAAUACCGCCUUGCACACUCUUGCCUGCAUCUAGCUUAUCUAGGUUGUAAUCGUUAGUCCAACAGUUGCAAACGAGAGUUUCUAUUGGACAAAUUCAGGUAUUUUAAUCCACGUUUCGUUUGAAAUAAAAGUUUUUCAACAGAAUCGGCGGACUGAAUACACCCCUGAUCACGCAUUAACACAGUUCACUUUCAUACGUAGCAGCCACGUUGUAUUCAUUCUAGCCUCUAUGCACUCUCCUCCUCUCACCUUUUCCCUUCGUUUGUGGACUUCAAUGAACAACACAUCAGCUGUGUGUGACCAGGCAAAAAAAACUUUCCAAACCAUGUCAUAACCGCUACACACAACCAACAUCAUUGUCCCCAUAUUAGCUAAAGUAAUGUCCUAGUCAACAUAGCUAAUAGAACUAAUGCGUUAGUAAACCCGCUACAAUCAUGCAGUAAUGUUACAGUGUAUAGUCAGUAAUUAGUUAGACCGGCGGGCCCCAAUGGCAAUAAAUUAAUACAAUCAAAAGCUUACCUUGACUUGGAGUUCCAGUGUUGUGUUGGAUAGUCAUAGCCAGCUAGCUAACAUAGCAGCCCUCUGUUUGGGCAGGGUGUUUGAGCAACUAAACUAGCCAGCUGCAUUUGGUAGCUAAGUAAGUGAAACUGAAAGUAAAAAAAAAAAAAAAAUCUCUCUCUCUCUUGCUUCUCCUUCAUUUUUAAAGAAAUACAUUUGUUGAAAACUGUUCAACUAUUGUCUUUCUCUCUAUUUGAGUCAACAUCUCAUCACAUUUUAUGUACUGCAGUGCUAGCUAGCUGUAGCUUAUGCUUUCAGUACUAGAAUAUUUCUCUGAUCCUUUGAUUGGAUGGACAACUUGCAGUUCAUGCUACAAGAGCUCUGAUAGGUUGGAGGAUGUCCUCCGGAAGUUGUCAUAAUUACUGUGUAAGUCUAUGGAAUGGGGUGAGAACCAAGAGCCUCCUAGGUUUUGUAUUGAAGUCAAUGUACCAAGAGGAGGAUGGAAGCUAGCUGUCCUCCGGCUACACCAUGGUGCUACCCUACAGAGUGCUGUUGAGGCUACUGUAGACCUUUAUUGCAAAACAGUGUGUUUUAAUCAAUUAUUUGGUGACGUGAAUAUUUAGUAUAGUUUUAUCUAAAAAGGAUAACUUUUCCAAUGUUUUAUCAUUUUUAUUUUUAUGAAAUUCACUGAGGAGGAUGGUCCUUCCCUUCCCCCUUUGAGGAGCCUCCACUGGUACUGAGGGCAAAAGGGGGUGCAACUCAAUAUUAGGAAGGUGUUCCUAAUGUUUUGUCCAGUAUGGUGAUGAGUUACCUCCAUACAAUGUAUAAUAAAAUGCCUUCAUAUUUGUUUCCUUUGCCUGUGUAGAGUGUGGGACGCGGGCUAAGCUGCCCAGGAUAAUCGGGGGAGUGGAGGCUACCUUGGGAAGGUGGCCCUGGCAAGUCAGUCUCUACUACAGCAACCGACACACCUGUGGAGGCACCAUCAUCACCAGCCAAUGGGUGGUCACUGCAGCCCACUGUGUGCACAAGUAAGACCCCCAAUGACCCCUCGGGGUAAGAGGUCGGAGGUUAGAGGUCAGAGGUCACUGACUCAUGACAGUGUAGUGAUGACUAGGGACAGUAAAAGCUCUCACUUUCUUUUGCACAAAGUAAUUAAUACUUUAUACAAUUGAGAAUUGGAUACCCAUCUAGCUGAUAUACAUUUCUUCAUCUCUUUUUUAACAUUCCAGUUAUAGGCUGCCACAGGUGUCCAGUUGGGUGGUUUACGCUGGUAUUGUCACACGCAGUUCAGCUAAAAUGGCUCAGUACACUGGAUAUGCAGUGGAAAAUAUAAUCUACAACAAGAAAUACAAUCCCAGGAGCCACGACAAUGACAUUGCUCUGAUGAAACUGCAGACCCCACUGAAUUUCUCAGGUGACAGGAAACUUGAUUACUUCACUUUUGAAUGCACCACAUAGUCCCUUGGCUGACUGGAACACUCAACUAUAUUAUUACAGCAAUCAGUUCCUAACCAUGUUCCAAUAUUACUGAAAUGAACUUCAAAAUGACCUACACUGUCUUCUAAUAUUCCUAAUAUUCUCUUUAUUUUUUAGAUACCAUCAGGCCUGUCUGUCUGCCACAGUACGAGCAUGAUCUUCCAGGAGGAACACAGUGCUGGAUCUCUGGCUGGGGCUACACUCAACCGGAUGAUGGUAUGACUAUGUUAAAUCAAUAAUAUAACUUAAAUAGAAGAAUUGAAUGUAUCUCUAUUGAUGGUUAAAUGUUUUCGCAUAGCACAAAUCAUUUAAAUCAUAAAAAUAAGAGGUAUAUUUACAUUAGUUUGACUUUCCUUGACAGUUCUCAUCCCUGACACGCUAAAAGAAGCUCCAGUUCCACUGAUAAGCACCAAGAAAUGCAACAGUUCCUGCAUGUACAAUGGAGAGAUCACCCCCCGCAUGCUCUGUGCUGGAUACACCGAGGGCAAAGUGGACGCAUGUCAGGUUAGUUCAUAAAAAAUCCCUGUGUUGUUCCUCCUGUGGUUUGUUUUAAGAAGAGAUGUACCAAAGGUCAGAGAGUUGUUGUCUUACAAAAGUAGAAUUGGUUCAUGAUAAUGAGAAUAUUUUCCCCCAGGUCUCCCACACUACUGUUUUGAAUUAUCAAAGACAAAGCUCAUUAGGCAUGUGCCUGAGUGGGAACACCAGCUUUAUUCAAGGUCCUACCGAUCAAAUUCAGUGGCGCUCAGGAUUCAGUAUUGCACAAUAUCCCAACCCAUAAUCCCUAAAUCACUGUGACUUUACAAUAUCUCAACCCCUAACAAUCAGUAUGGUGGUCUGGUAACCAGUGUGAUUGACAGCAGUGUGUAUCUGCUCCUGUCCUCUCCCCAGGGGGACAGUGGGGGUCCUCUGGUCUGUCAAAUUGACAACGUGUGGAGACUGGUGGGUGUGGUGAGCUGGGGUACAGGCUGCGCUGAGCCCAACCACCCCGGAGUCUACACCAAGGUGGCCGAGUUCCUCGGCUGGAUCUACGACAUGAUUGAG